UCUCCCAAAAGCUUUGCUCAAAUUUCACCCACCCGCAGAGAGUCUCUCCCGGAAAGCUCGCUCCCGCAUGGGGUCCAAAACACGUGCGCGAGCGCAUCUCUCUGCGCGCGCGUCAAGUGGAUUUGCAGCACCGACCGACGUCGACUACGACGACGACGACGAUCGCUGACCAACAACGCCGGUCCGCACAGCGAUGGAGCCAGUGGAAAACCUGUUCGCUCAGUUUCCAACCGACGGCCAACCGAAUCGCAUCGCGACCGAAAGUCUACGCUACGUGUAGUGGAUGGCGCUCAAGUCUCGCGUUCAGUGACGAUCUCUACCGCGUCGACGACGACGAUAGCGACGAGGACUGGUGCGAGUUUUGGGGGAGAAAUUUUUCGCGCGAUCUGCGGUCUGAAGGCGCUGCGCGCGCGAGUGUGUGAUAAGGCGCGCGUGAAUGAUACGCGCGCAACAGCGACGACGACGACGACGAGAGUGAGAGUUGCCCAGCAACACACCAGUUAGGGUCCGUGACUUGGACAGGGCAGUGAAAGGGGGUCCGACGGGACACAUUUCGGGAGUGUUGCGAAACCGGCGAGGUUGCUUUGUAUGUAGCCUCGAGGGGUGAACGAAGAGCAUGUACGUCGCAGCAAUUCCCGCACGUUGAUUGGAUUUUCGACGGUUGUUUUUGUUUCUUGGGACCCGGAGCCGGGUGAUUUUGGCGCGGCGGACCUCGGUAACUACCAGGCCUGGGCGUUGCGAUUUGUUAAUGGUGUUUUGGCUUGGAGGAGUGUGCGAUUUCGUACAAUAGCUUAUUGGCUGUAAACAAGAAGUGAAAUAAUAGAGGCGAAAAUCAGCGAGCGGUGAAAAAUUUCGCUUUUCAGAUUCGGUUGGGUGAAGAUCGAAUAUUCUGAAAUUUGGUGUUACCUAUGUGCUUGUGCUAUUAGCCACUGCUGGUGAAGUGUGGAGUGUUAGAGGCUCGUGUGAAGAGAGCAGGAGAGACGCAGCUGGAAGAAAAUAGCCGACCUGUAGUGUGGAAGAUUGAGCCUGAAAUCGAAAGGGGAACCUACUCUAGUGUGACGUGAGAAGAAACGAAGAAGGCCAGCGAUGAUGAUUUGUGGCAUGUCGAGUGCUUUGUGGUCACUGAGUGGAAAAUAAGCGACAGGAAGUGAGAGAUUAAAGUUUUAUUGUGUUUUGGUUAGAUUUUGUUUUUUCGGGGAACCUUGUGCCACUGCAGUGACAUUAGACACGAGGACACACACAAUGGAGGCGAAAACAGAAAUUCGUUCGAAACCAAUUUUGAGUCCGACACGCUCGUUGGACGAGGGUUUCGAGAGUGAUCCGGAUCGCAUAUCAACCGACUCGGAGCUGGCAACUGCUCAAACGGCUCCAGCGUUUGACGUCUUACAAACAACGGACAGAGAUGGAGUUCAACAUACGCAAAUCGCCCGGCGAAACCAAGACAGUCCACUGGCCAAAGACAGUGGCCCGGAGAGUAUCAUCUGUUUGGAUGGGGAAAUUGAAAAUGAACUGCGAAGCAAGCUGGAGAAAACGACCUUGGGUAGGCCACCGACAGGUCUUCCCAAGCAGCCAUCUGUUUCGCAUCAAUCUCAGCAGAUCCGUUACCGCAGAAUCAAAACUCGCGCACCUCCACCACCAUUGGGAAGCUACCAUUACCAGAAGCGAUCUCAAUCCGUGGAUUCUAUGAACCGAGCCAACAAGCACAAUCUGUACAGCUUAGAACCACCAGGCGUAACCAGUGGACAUCUCGAUUUGAUCAACAGCCAUGGUGACGUUCUAGCUGGACGCUUCGUACGCGUCUCCGUAGACCCACGCCACCAACAGCACCAAUCCCUCCAGUCCCAUCACCAACCCUUUAACCACCCUUACCGCCUGUCCUCGCUAUCAACCAACAACAUUUACAAGUACUGUCACGCAUCAACGCCAAUGACCUCCCAUCAGCAUCUCCAUUCCCAUCCAAUCCAUCAUCACCACCAAGGGAUGAUGGUUGGCGCCAGUCCCAGCAGCUCAUCCAGCAGCUCGCGCAGCAAUUUGUACUCGCUACCGCCGCAUCAGUACCACCACGUAGGAUUAUCGGCCCAAACGGGACCAACGAACCACCAGAACUCGGCGAACCCUCCGUCAGGAUCGGCGCCGUCGGCUCCAACGGCAGUGGCCAACAACGGCAGGAACUACAAACAUUUCAACCACGUUCCAGUAUGCUGGACCCAGUCGAUACCAAGGCAAACCAGAAGGUACAUCACCCCGACCGCCUUGCCCCAGGUGAUAGCACCGCCGAACAAGUCCACCGGCACCGGUGGCGGCAUCUCGCAGAAGCUCCGGGACCUGGCCACCUCGGCCGGUCUGCUGACGGCAAAACCCCGACCGCCGCUCAAGCCCGUCAUCAAGACGCGCGGUUCCAACAGCACCGAGUUCCCAAAGAAGGUGACAUUCAGCGCGUUCGCAACCGUGCAGGUUGUUUGACCCCACGGCUCGCCCAUGGCUAACGAGCGAGCGAGCGAGCGACCCCACAGGAGGACGACACAUAUCUGAUGAGAACAACCGACCUGAGCAGGAGGAGACCUGCUGAAUCCGCGCAAACAAACGCAACAAUCCGGUUAUCACCAAGCGAAUAUCAAUUAUUUCAUGCAAUUAUCGGAAACAAUUUGUUAUUCGCGCUCGCAGCAGCAGCAAUCGAACCCAGCCAGCAGCAGCAAAAUCGACUUUAUAGACGACGACUGUGCGGAAUGACAGCGUUAGAAGUAGAGAAAUAGCAAUUAGUUGUUUUUAUUGGAAGGAGGGAGAUUUGGUCUCUCCAGCAGUAGGGCCAACUCGGCUAGCAAGGAAAAAAAACCAAACGGAUCACAAUUAGAAUGUUUGGUGGAACGGUUUUUGCGACCAUCGGAAAGUUAGUGGGUAUGCGCGAAAUAGUAAAAUCAAAAGAGCUCAAUUAAGGAAGAAGUCUAGUCUAGUCUAGUCUAGUCUAGUCU